AUGGCUUAUCGAAGUUUUGCUACGGCCGAACAAUAUCAAAAUGAUUCUGAAAGCAAGUUUAUUGCUGAAAUUUGUGAAGUUUUAGGCAUUGACGAAAACGAAAAUCAAUCAAAUGUCAUUGCAAAACAUCUACUUACAAAUGGACGUCAAAGUUUGAAUGAAUAUCGUGCUCAUAUUGCACGAAGGGACUUUGAUAUUCAAAUGAAGAAUGAUGGCAGUUCAGAACUGCUUCAGAUUUUGAAACGGUAUUAUCUUCAACAAUGGCAACAUAUUCCAUUUGAGUGGUUCAACAGUUUUAUGACUUCGCAUCAAUCGGAAGAAGACACUGAACAGCAUGAACGUGUUUUAACACGUUUAGCUGACUAUGGAGUGAGAUUUUUAAAGACAUGCCCUGUAUUUUCGAUAGUUCUACAGAUUGUUUUCGAAUUUGACGAUGAAAUUAUUACUACAGAUAAUGUGUUCGAUGAUAUUUGGAAUUCAUUUAUUAUUUAUGGAUAUAACAUGGCAUUGAAUAAAUCAGAUAAAUAUCUUAUACCAGCAGUCAAGAAGAAAUACAUCAAUGCAUACGAUAGUGUUUUAUUUCGUGCAUUACGUGAAUGUUUUCGCCAACCAAUAUUGACAUUAUUUGAUGAAUGUAAAAUUAAUAAAACACGACGAAAUCUUCUCGAUAUAACUCUUGAUUCUUUGGCUAAACUUGGAUGGAAAGAUGGUCUUGAAGACAGCAGUGUUGUUGAACUGAUUGCAGAGGUUCAGUAUGAAAAGUUAAUAUCUAAACGCAACGAAUAUCUCGCAGAAAAACAGCUCUCCGAUAUCAUUUCAAAACCACUUUUACCAUCGAACCCAGAUGAUUCUUCACGUAUUCCCGUUGUCGAUAAUCCAAAUCAACUUAUCAAUAUUCAACCACAAUUCACAGACUAUAGUCAACCCAGCUAUCAACCAAGCAAUCAACUAGUCCAAGCAAAUCCUCUCCAAUUCGAUCCUACGACAGUCUCGACACAAUUCAGUCAAUUAACUCUGAGUAAUCCUGCUACUAUCAUCAAUUCACCAGUAUCUCAAUAUACAGAUACUCAAAAUAUGUCUACGAACAAACAAGAAGAUAUGUCUUCAUCACAAUUACAACCAAAUGAACCCGAAGAAGGUCCACCAGUGGAAGUAUAUAUUCCAUAUUUACCAACUGUUGAAUCGAAUAUCAAUCUAGAAGAAACCAUUCAUACACGAUUACAGGAUCUGUACAAGAUUAAAGUGUCAAAGAUUGAAUGUUUCACAGAUAUCGGCGUUGGUAUUGCCCAUGUAGACCAACAAAAUAAAUCUUAUUUAGUUGAUAAGCUUCAAACGAUUGCACUACAUCUAGAACAUCAAUUCCAAAUUAGCUUCGUCGAAGAUUUAGAAAUAAUUUGUUAUUUAAUUUUCGAGAAACCAGUUCAAUUAGCAAAUAAUACCAUUGCUCAACGAUGGAUGGAAGUAUUCCAAUCAAACUGUUCGCCUAAUUUCGAAGUUUUAUCGAUGCAAUUUUCGAAUAUUAUCAAAGUAACAAUAUUUUCUAUUAAAGAAGCCCAAGCAGCACUACAACAAAGAAUUAUUUCGAUUAAUGAUGAAUUCAUCGGCAAAAUAUUUCUUCGAGCCGAUUGUAGUUAUUUAGAAGAAAUUCCUCGUUCAAAACCGAAAAUCACUUCCGAAAGAUUAUUUUGUUACAUUGUUACACAACUUGAAAUGAGCGAUCGUUUACGAACAGAUCGAAACUAUUGUCAAGAAAAAGCCGAUGCGCUUUUUCAGCAACUGUCAUCAUUACCACCAGAAAUGAAGAGACUAAAAUCACUUUUUCAUAUUCAAUAUAAUGAAGAAUCAUCGAAUGCUGUUAUCAUUGCAUCAUCAACAGUAUAUCAAUGGUUAGCAAUGAAAUUUGUCAACAUCAAAAAUGAAUUAAUAUUCAAAACAGCAAAUAUUUCCUGUAAAUUAAUUAUUAAACCAAUACCGAAUGAUCUUUCGUCAGCGGCAAUUUUCAGUCACACGAUAUUUCAAAACUCGGUCAAACAGAAUAAUUACAAACGCAUUGGCGAAAAUCUUGUUGUCGAAAUCACUGAUUCUCAUGUAUAUAACAAAUGUUUAAAUAUUCGCUUCAUUGAAAUCAUUCACAAUGAAGAUCAAUUAAGAUUACAAAUUCUUCCAUACACGUACACUGCAGUCAUCAAUCCUGAAGAUGCUGAUAUCAAUGAAGAGAACUGGUAUAGUGCUCGAAUGCUUGAUCAUAAACCUGAUAUAACACAAUUUGAUCCACGUCAUCCAAUAUUUCGUUAUAAAUGGAAUUCGAAAAUUUGGUUAGAACAGUUCACAAAUGUCACCAAACAGUUUGCAAACACCAACGAUUCAAAUGAACGACGGAAACAUGAUCUGUUUCGUCGUAUGCUCCGUGUUACUGUUAUGUUAAAAACAAUUGGAGCUAUACGAGCAAAGAAAUACGAUCUUGAAGAUGUAGCAACGAAAACAGAAAUUAAAAUUGAACCAUUAACGCCACUUGUUACAAUUGUUUACAAUCAUCAAUCGAAACUUACCGAAUCUGCAGAAAUGAAUAGUCGAUUACCACCAUUUGAAUCAACUAGUGUUCGAGUGAUGAACGAAGAUUGUCUUAUUUCAUAUGCAAAACAAGUAGCAGCUGGUUACAAACCUUUGCUUCUCAACAUGGCGAAUGCUUCGACACCUGGUGGAGGUUAUCGAAAAGGUGAUGGAGCACAAGAAGAAAACGUUUUCCGUCGUUCGAACUAUUAUUUUAGUCUUGAUCCGACUCUCACUUAUCAAGAAGAUCAAUUGGAUAAUUGUCAAUGGUUUUACUGUUCAGAAACAACAGAACGGAAACGAUUAGAUAUCAAACAACAAUCGUUGUAUCCAAUAGACGAAUUUGGGGGUAUUUAUUCAUCGGGUAUUACUGUCCUACGAGGAACAGAAGAAGCUGGUUAUCCAUUCUUACCAAAACCAAUUUACAAUUUUUGUUCAUUAGCAAUUGCUGCUUUUCGAAAUCCACCUGUUCAUCACAAUAUUCGUCUCUCGUUAAAAUAUGCUAUUGGUACUCGUAGGAAAAUCGAAAAUUUCUUUGCAAUCGCACAUCAACAUGGUCAUAACUGUCUGAUACUUUCAGCUCUCGGCUGUGGUGCAUUUAAAAACCCUCCCGAACAUGUCGCUUUGAUUUUCAAAUCAGUUAUUAUUCAAUAUGCUGGAUUUUUCCAAAAAAUUAUUUUCUCAAUCAUAGACGAUCAUAAUACUGGUAAUCAAAUGAAUCCAGAUGGAAAUUUUCUCCCAUUUCAAAAAGUAUUAGAUGAUUUUUGCGUUCGUCCAGUGAUGAAUCCGACUGUCGGAAUGGCCGUAGGACCUUAUUACAUAAUAGAAUCACAAAACAAAGGUAAAUCUGUGCGUUUUGAUAAUGUGAGCAUAUUGAAUUUGCCAGCAUGUGAAUAUGGAACGAAAUGCCGAGAUUUGUACGAUCCCCAACAUCGUCAAUCAUAUACUCAUCCACCAUUAUGUCCAAUGGGAUCGGAAUGCACCGAUAUGGAGAAUGAUGUUCAUCUUCAAUCGUUUAGUCAUCGUCGGGCGUGUCCUCAAGGUGGUCUAUGCGAAUCCAUCGACAAUCAGCAACAUAUGUUCGAUUAUAUUCAUCCGAAUUUCUGUUCCGAAGGUGGAUCAUGCACUAAUAUGAAAACAUUACAUUUAUCGAAGUUUCGGCACGUGUCAUUAUGUCGACAUGGAAUCGAUUGUAAACUUAAUUUACAAAUGGUGAAAGAACAUCAAUUAAAAUAUCGACAUUGUCAAAUUUCUUGUCCAUUUGGCGGUAAUUGUGUUCGUUUUCAUGAUCAAGAUCAUAUUAAACGUGAAUCACAUCCAUUCAAAAAACCUUGUCCUCAAACUCCGUUUUCGUGUGAAUUAUUUGUUGAAUAUUUACAAUCCAGUAAUUUACAUGAAGAUUACAAUAUGAAUCGAAAGGAAUCCAAAGAUCUCGAAUAUCAUUGCCUUCAUUAUUCUCAUGUAUGUCCAUGGGGUCGUCAAUGUAAUGAUAAAACUCCAAAACAUUUGUCAACAACAAUUCAUAUUGCACGAAAAAUGUGUCCUGAUGGAGAUAAGAUGUGCCCGUUUUUAACUGAUGAAGAUCAUCUUGAAUCAUUCACGCACACCGAUGUGCGAGACAUUCGGCUUGAAUGUCGUUAUUCGGCCGCCGAUUGUCAAGAUCUAAAGAAACCGGCACAUACGAUUAAAUAUCGCCACAAUUAUCGACAAGAUUUUCUGGGCGUCGCACAAUAUUCUGGCUUGAAUCAGACAAUAGAUUUUGUGUUCAAUCAAGAUUAUAUGACUCGAAAUCUGCAAGAAUAUUUCGAGAAGAAGCACAAUAUUAAAUGGUCAAAUGUUUUGAUUCCAAAUAAUUUACUCAACUGGAUUAGAGCUCUUCAACCUGUUCAUCGAUGUUCGGCAACUAUUUUCGAAUCAAUUCUUGUUCAUGGUCAUGUCAUGAGUCGGGCACAUAUGGAUCGGCUAGAAAAAGAAGAAUUCGUUGCACACAGCGCCAAUGAACACAAUACUGUGCGUAAAAUUGUUUCUAGACAUGUACCCGCUGUACAAGACAAUGUUCGUGAUUUCAUUGCUGCACUUGUCAAAAUGGAGUUUUACAAAAAAGGCGAUAAAGUGUUUUACACAUCAAAUAAAAAUGAGUCGCAGAUACAAUACCGAAUUGAUUCUAAAGAGCAAGCAAUACAAGUCGCACUUAAAUCCGAAGAAAUCGAUGAAAUUCGUAAUUGUGCAAUUCAAGUAGCUCAAGCAUCAAUCACACUUUGCUCAAACCAAACAGGCAUCGGAUUUAUCCGCGAUGUUGAACUAGGCACAAAUCAACAUGUAUUCGCUAUUCUUGGUCCACAUACAGGUCACUAUUACGGUGAUAUUGCCGUUGUAUUUAAACAUGAGAUUAUGCUGCAUCCGGAUUCCAAUUUUACUAUGCAAGCUGCUACGACAUAUACACUACGCGAAUCUGGUAAACCACCCAACGCUUAUAAAUUCCGUUUAUGGCUUCAAGAUCCUGGCACAAAGGAAGGUCAGCUGAAAAAUUUUCAUCAAACGAAACUUCAUUGUUCCGUGCCGGGUUAUGAAUCUGUCACCGCAUUUGAGCUUAUUGCUAUUACUGGAGGACAGAAAAAUCCGAUGAAAGCCGAUCUAAAAAACAUAAUUCAACGAUGGAUGUCCGUCGACUCUCAUCAAGUCAUCGAAAUCCAUUUACCACAGUUGAUUCCUCUAAGUUAUGUUGAUCAUAUAUAUAUGCCAAACAAUGUAUUCAGUUCAUUAUCUCCUGUUGCUCAAAAAAAUGCAGAAACACUAUUUGGGAAGAAAUUGACAGUGACAGAACAUAUUGUCGAUCUCAAUAUUGAAUUAAUGGCCUUUGCCGAACCCGAUGCAUCGCGUAAAGAUUAUCACAAAUAUAUUCUUGAAAAACUUAUGGGAUUAAUUGGUAAACAAGAAGAAACAGCAGCUAUUGAACAACAUUUGAAAUAUUAUGGUAUGACAUUCACAAUGCCACCGUCCAAAUUUCAAACAUAUGUUACUAGUCCAAUGACAAUAUCUCAAUCACAAUCGAGAUAUUUAUCAUCAUCGAAAAAUCAAUCAAAUCCCGAUGAUUGUGUUUAUAUCUACUGGAAAGCGGUAGGUGGUGAUUUUAUGUUAAUAUUAACAAAUGAACGAAUUGAAGCUGGAAAAGUGCAAAAAAAUCUUGUCUAUCUCACGUGCUAUAUUGCUUCACUUGCCACUAGUGCUGGUACUGGUAUUGGUUAUGAUGAGCGUCAUACAUAUAUUAGUAAUUCGCCUCCUACAAGUCACAGUAUUGUUCUUCAAAGACAGCAAUUUAAAACUGGAUCGAAUACAUUUCACAAAGGUUGUAAUCCUAAUUAUUAUAUUCUUUAUUGUUUAAGAAUAAACCUUAAAACCGGUGAAGUCUCAUUAGUGCAUGCUGGUGUCAAUGGAAUUUAUAAUCGUACAUCUCUAAGUUAUAAGUUUUCAAAGAACGAACUUGAUAUAUCAACAUUGAAUUAUGUUCAUAUCAGUUCCGGUAGUCAAAAUAUUUCCAUUCGAAAUCUCAUUAUUAGUCACGAACAGAUUCCUGAGGCACAUCCAAAGUUUGACAGAAAUUUUACAAGUAACAUUAACGAUAUAGAAAUGAUUGAUGUGUCCGAACUACAACCUGAACCUUCAUCAUCUACAUCACCUAAUGUUUCACCAAAGGUAGACGAAGAAAGCGGCAGCAUGGGUACUUCAGUAACGGACGCGCUUGGUAGAUUAGGAAAAUUGGUUAAAAGUUUGAAUCCAUUUGGUUCAUCAAAUGUAUCAACAAUGGAUACAACAGACGAAUCCGAUUCCCAAAAUAGUCUACCACCAUGUAAGUAUUCGAUUAAUUGUCUCGAUCAAUAUUCAACGGACACAUCACUAACACAUAAUCAACAAUAUUCUCAUCCUUGCCGUUUCUCGGAACUGUGUAAAAAGAUACAUGAUAAGUCUCAUUGUG